AUGUCUUGGAAGGCGACAGAGAGAUUGAUGGACACCAUCAGGCAUUAUGCCAGCUUCCCUGCAACCGGUGUCAGCCUGCGGCAAAUGGUCCAAUUCGGCGAGAAGCCGUCAAUAGGUACCUUGUUCCGCGCUUCACAGUUCCUCGCCGAAGAGCUCCCCAUCCGCCUGGCGCACCGAGUGCAAGAGCUAGAGACUCUCCCCGAUGGAUUGAACGAGAUGCCCUCCGUCAAGAGGGUGCAGGACUGGUACGCGCAGUCAUUCGAGGAAAUCACCACGCUGCCCAGGCCAGAACUUGACAAAGACCUCAAGAGCCGACUGAUGAAGCCGGCGAGGACCGGCAAGCACUAUCUUUCAGAAGCAACGCCGAACCCGAGCAUCGACCCCGGCCAGUACACCUCCCUGGCCACCGCCUCCAUGAACAAUGGCAACGGCAACGGCAACGGCCACACUAAGAAGGGCCUGAGCUCAAGGAGAUACUUUGCCUCGGUGGACGACCGAGGCGAUUGGCCCCCGGAGCUGCAGCUGUACAACCAAAAGUUUGCCCAGACUCUUCACAAGAUCAAGAGGAGGCACGACGGCGUUGUCACCACCAUGGCCCAGGGCAUCCUCGAGUACAAGAGGAAACGACAGAGGAUGCAGAUCGACCACAACAUUCAAGCCUUCCUCGACCGCUUCUACAUGUCCCGUAUCGGCAUCCGGAUGCUGAUCGGCCAACACAUCGCCCUCACCGACCAGAGCCACUACCGCGACCCGACCUACGUCGGCAUUAUCUGCACAAAGACCAACGUCCGCGACCUGGCGCAAGAAGCGAUCGAGAAUGCGCGCUUUGUCUGCGAAGACCACUACGGUCUGUUUGAGGCUCCCAAGAUCCAGCUUGUGUGCAACCCGAACCUCAACUUUAUGUAUGUUCCGGGACACUUGUCUCACAUGCUGUUUGAGACCCUGAAGAACUCGCUGCGCGCCGUGGUCGAGACGCACGGCCAGGACAAGCAGGAGUUCCCCGUGACAAAGGUCAUUGUCGCCGAGGGCAAGGAGGACAUCACGAUCAAGGUGUCGGACGAGGGCGGCGGCAUACCGCGGAGCGCCAUCCCGCUGGUGUGGACGUACAUGUACACGACGGUCGACAGGACGCCCAGCCUGGACCCGGACUUUGACAAGAGCGACUUCAAGGCCCCGAUGGCCGGCUUCGGAUACGGACUGCCCAUAUCACGACUCUACGGCACGGAUGUCUACCUCCACCUCAACCGACUGUCGAGCUCCUCGGAGCCCCUGCAAUAG